AUGAUCUUUCAACUCAUCGUAUUCCAUUUCCUUUCGUUUUCACCUUUCCUUGUUAUACAUGCCAAUGUUGAAACAUUACAUUUCGAAAGUGCCUGUCUACAACAAACGAAUGCCGUUCAUUUAAAUCUACGUUGUUCACAAUACGAACACAUACAAAUCGUUCGCGUCAUCUACGGUUAUACCAAACAAACUCUACUGCAAGAAUGUCAGUUCAGUAUCUACGAUUGUAUACAAGAAGGUACCAGUCAUAAUAUUCUCGCCUGUAACGGGCAACAAACGUGUGUAAUCAAUCUAACCAAGAAUGAAAUGCUUUCAUCAUCAAUCACAACACCAGGUGUACCGAGCUGUCCGGAUUUUAAUUACGUUCAAGUCAACUUCGGUUGCAUACCGGACUCGAAAGACAUUUGUGAUACGUGGAAAGAUGAAGGACCAAUUAUACAUUUGAGUCAUACUUAUUCAAAAGAUCGAUCGUUCAAUCGUUGUCAUUGCAAAGUUCGUUCGUCGAUGCCGAAUGGACAAGUUUUACUUCAGGCACGCGAGAUCAACCGGCAGCAUACACUGUUGAGAUCUUUAAUCUACCCAAAAUCUUUCGAUCUUGAGUGUAAGAAAAUGACCUAUCUAGAAAUUGCCAUAUCGCGUUCGGAAAGGAAAUGUAUGGACAUGUUACCGACAAAUAACAUAGCUCUGUUUGGUUCUGGUUCGCAUAAUUUUACUUUAACUUACGUACGAAACGAUCCUUUCUCGGAAUUAUUCUUUUAUUUCGAGUUAAAAGCGAGUCCAAUAAAAAAGGAUCAUAAUGUACAAAUUAUUUGCAAUUGGGGACGACGACAAACAAAAGUAACAACAACGACAACGAUAGAACCAGCAUUGACGACAGCGAUUAUUAGUACGACAAUGCCACGAUUGACAAAAAAACGAAAAGCAACAACGGUGAAUAUGCAACGUGGAGGAAAACUAAGCCGAUUAGAUCUCAUUCGACAUCAACCGCAAGACAAUCAGGACGGUCAUAUUGAAGUAGAAGAUACAACGAAUAUGUACAAAAACGAAGAAGAAACACCAUCGGAAGGGGGUACCGAAGAAGGAGAAGGAGAAGGAGAAGGAGAAGAAGGAGAAGAACCAUCAUCACUACAGGUGGAACAAGAAUCAGAGGAAGAACCGUUGACAACAACACUUCCAGUUCGAACAUCAAGAAUUAAAAAACUCAAACGAACAAAAAGCUCGACUACAGCCAAAACGACGACAAUUCCCGACACCACCAAAACAACUAGUGUUUCAGCUUCGUCAUCUGAUGAUGAGGAAUGGUUACGUAUAUUAUCUCUAGCUAAUAUUGAUUCUCAAGCACAUGCAAAACAAAUAUUAUCAAUCAAUAAUCGAACAUAUGUAACUGCAGCUCAAGCAGCAGUUAUCGUAUCCGAUCCAAAAAUUCGUUCAUCCUCAUCGAAACCAAAUACUCUCGUCAUUGUUCUUCUCAUUAUUAUCUCUUUAACAUUUCUCGUCCUAAUUAUCUAUUGCUUGAGAAUCAAAAAACCCAAUUGUCUUGAACGUUUGAGAACGAAUGCGAAUGUCGCCUUUCUUUUCUGUUGUGAAGCGAGUAAACUAUUGUUUUGUUCACCAAACGAUUCGCCUCAACGAUCUCAGACGACAUCAAAUUCACCAACAAGUACAAUUGGGAACCGUCGACAUCGCCGUCGACACCAUCGACCUUCACCAUCCGUGCCUGAUUAUCAAUCAAGUGAAUACUAUAUGGAUGAAACAGGAAAUAAUUGUCGUACAACACAAAGUAUCUAUGAUGGUGGCGGUGAAAAAUCAAUCUAUAGUAUUGAUUAUGAUGAAGAAGAAACUGAAUAUACGACAAAAUACGGUCGACAUAAUAAUGACGCCGGCAGUUACAGUAUAUCUCAGGAUUCGUUGACUAACGGUGAACAAGAUCACAAUAAGAACAAUAGCAAUCAGAAUAGUCCGAUUAAAAUUGAACGGCCAACAUCAGCAGCAACGUCAAAAGUCAGCAGUAAGAUGUCGACAAUAAAGUCGACAACAAAUGGUCUUCGAUCUCUUGCUCUUGAUGAGCAUAUUAAACUAGUAAAACAAAAGAAAGAAGAAGCUGAAGUAUUACGUUUACAAAAAUUUCAAGAACAGCUGCGAAAAAAGGAACAAAAGUGGCAACAACAACAAUUAGAACGAGUAAAAAAAUGGCUACAAUUACGUAAUCGUGAUACUGAUCAUCGGUCACAAGUGGAAGAGCGACGAAAAAAGCGUGAAGAAGAAGCGAAAGCAAAAAUAGAUGAAUUAAUCCGUCGAGAAAAAGAACGAGAACAGCGUGUCCAUCAGAAUCUCAAAACAAUAACUGCGCCACAAAAACCUGAUUCUGUCAUGAGCAUGUCGACAGAUGUACUCUCCACUCGACGUGCUACUUCAGCGUCGCGUUCACGUACAAAUCAUCAGGAUGUGACCAAUCGACGAGGUUUGCAUGAACAUUCUGACGAUAACUCUGCUACUGUGAUCAGUUCGCAUCAACUGAAUCCGAUUGAUGAACAUCAAACUCAAUCGUCAAAUGACGAGAGUUCAGGUACAUCUCUUUUAUCGGCACGUCGUCAAAAACGACUCUUGCCAACAUCUCACGCUUAUUGGUUAAAUACCGGUGAUAAUCAUAACCAUACUAGCUCAAAUUUUAUGCGUGCGACAUUUACAGCCACAUGUCGAUCACGUAUCAGCCACAGUGUGGAGCGAUGUCCUCGAGACGGUCGAGCUCGAGAAGAACUUCUUCACCCCAGUACAGCAACCAAUGGUGAAUCUCAACGUCGGCCGAUGAAUACAACUCGUCAACAUCUAAAUGAAACUAUACGUCGUUUAGCCAAACCCAAAAGUAAUCCCAUGACACAAUCCAUUCAUAUUGGCGCCACAACAGGACUAGAAUCGACUAAUGGAAUGCCAUUGUCAAGAUCUAGCCAUCAAUUACGUUUAACUACGUCAACGACUGCCACAACUAUUCGAAAGCGGCAACCUUCUCGUCCAGCAACUGUACCAGCUUCCACUAAUGAAUCUCGAACUUCUCCGACGACAGAUGAUAUUCCUCGAUCUGAUCAAGCAUCAACACACAAGUCAAUUUCAAAUCGCUCUGCAGCUCAAGCCAAGCUGCCACCUACGUUAACCAAAACUCUUCCUAAUGCUGCAUCUCAAUCUCAUGCUCCCACUCAAAGAUCUCUUAUGACUACAUCACAUUCAUCGUCUUCGUUGUCAUCUUCAACAGCAACAAUGAAUAAACGUCGACUAGCAGCAGCGGCUACUGCUACUACUAGUAGUACCACACAAGCAACGUCAUCGUCGAAAUCAAAAUCAACAUCUGAAAGCCCAGUCGCUCCAACUAAUCCUGACGAAAACGUGCAACCGGUGAAUGAAGAAACUCCAUCUGAAUCCGUCGAACCUGAUGUAACUUCCGAACCAAUAAAUCCUGUCAAACGAGAACAGCCAACUGUGGAUGAACAGGAAUAUCAACGUAAAUUGAAUCAGAAGAUUCGUGAAGCUCAACAACGCUUAGAAUUAGAACGUCAACGUGAAGAAGAACAAAAACGUCAGCUGGAAUUAGAAGAAUUUGAACGUGAACAAGAACAAAUACGAUUAGUUGAAGAACAACGCCGUGCUGAACAAGAACGUUUACAGCGUGCUAUUGAAGAACGAGAACGUGAAAAUGAAUUAAAACGACAAGAAGAGCAACGUCUACAACAGCAACGCGAAGAAUUAGAAAGGAAGCAAGCCGAAGAAACCGAACGUCUCACUCGCGAACGACAAGAACGAGCCAAGAAAGAAGAAGAAGAAAGAAACGAACGAAAAAAACGUCUCGAUUUAAUUAUGAGACGCACAAGGCAGAUUUCACCGAAUUCUAAACAGGAAAACGAUACGAACAAACCAGCCGUUGAACAAUUCAAUGGACACGAUCAAACGAAUCAUACUUCAUCUCCAACCAACAUAAUCAAAUCUUCAUUACCACAUUCGAUAUCAGAUACUCAUUUUCAUAUGUCUACAUCCACCGACAGUUUCAUACUCACCCAUGACUCAGUAGUGUCUCCAAGUUUCACCACCAGUAUCACUGAUACACCCAAAUUCAAAUCGCCGUUGAUACAAAGUCUUCUCAAUAAAGCCCGCAAUACUCGAUCAACAGAUAAUCUCGUGCAAACCAGUAUGACAGCAUCACAGAUCAUGACUGAAAGUUUGAUCGAAGAAUCCGUGCCACUGGGAAAAUCGACUACACUAACCAAUCUUUCCAACGAUGAUCAUCAUGAAAAUUCUAGAAUUAGCACAAACACCAACGGUCAUGGUGAUCUACAUUUAUCUUCGUCUACGAAUUUAAACGUCUAUCACGAUCGUCCGAGAGAAACAGCAACGGCCUCUCAAUAA